AUGAUUUGGGAGCCUGACAGGACUUUGACUGAUACUUAUUACUUUUCCUCUCCCCGUUACAACAAAACCGUGAAAAGAUUUUUAGAUAUUGCACUCUUAACCGCUUGUCGAGAUGAGUUUCAUAGGCGAAUGCAGAUGUACCAACAAUGGAAGAAAACUACUGGAAAUAAUCAACAAAAUUUGAGAGCACCGACAUCAGUUUUUGAUGCAGCUAAUAUGACCCCAGUACCCAGUCAGAGCUCCAGUUGUGAACAGCCGAAUAUUCAGCGUUAUUUUAAAGUCCCUUUCACGAGGCCUGUUGAAAGGCGUAAAAGGUUUUCAGGACUUCUCGAUCAUAACUCUGUAAAAGAAGGUUUGUGGUACGCACAUUUUGACGGUCAGUGGAUUGCUCGGCAAAUGGAACUCCAUCCAAACAAAAGCCCACUGUUAUUAAUUGCCGGUAGAGACGACGUUGACAUGUGCGAAAUACCGUUGGAGGCAACACAGCUGACAAGAAAGAAAGGCGCUGAGAUUCUCGAAGAAGAAUUCGAAACACUUUGGCACCUUUAUGGUGGCCCCCCAUACCAACGUGGAUUAGCGAGGGCGAGGAAGAUCAACUCAACCGCAAAAUAA